AUGGCUGACAAGUUCGAUGAGGCCACGCAGAAAGAGCUCGCGCAGUUCGUAGAGACCGAGCAGGCACAGGCGCGCCUCCACCAGUCCAUCCAUACAUUGACUAGCAUGUGCUGGGACAAGUGCAUCACGGGUACUCCAUCUACGCGGUUCUCGCGCUCGGAGGAGAGCUGCCUCGCAAAUUGCGUCGAUCGUUUCCUCGACACGAGCUUGUUCAUGGUCAAGCAAAUUGAGGAGCAGAGAGAACGGGCUGGGCUGCAAUAG